UUAACCUAAUAUUAAAAAUGAAUUUUCCCUUUCUUUCUUUACAAUUGACGAAGUAAAUAUGGGGGAAAAUACUCCGAAAAUACUCUUAUAUUGGUAGAGCAGCCCAAUCUUUGGAUUUCUUGUGGGUGCUUCCCCUUCUGCUCUCAAUAGCGAAAAUGGAGUUGAGUUUCACACACGCACCUUCUCCUUCGCCUUAUGGGCUUAAGCGUUUCGACCAUGGACUUCAUCACUCUUCUCAUGUUCCAAUUUCUACUCCUUCCAACCACUCCCAUGGCCGCAAUUUCACUUCUAAUAAUUUUAGAAUCAGAAAUUGUUCGGUUCCGGUGCUAAACCACCCCUCGCUUAGUUCCUCUUCUCUUAGACGCACCUUAUCCAGUAAUUGGGAUGUUCUUAGCAACUAUUCUGCAUCUUCCGCUCCAUCCUUGCCUCGAUUCGAAGAGCUUGACACUACCAAUAUGCUUCUCCGCCAGCGAAUCAUCUUCUUGGGUUCUCAGGUUGAUGAUGUGACGGCAGAUUUCAUCAUAAGCCAACUACUCUUUCUUGAUGCUGAAGACCCAACCAAAGAUAUUAAAUUGUUUAUCAACUCACCUGGUGGCUCUGUCACUGCUGGAAUGGGAAUAUAUGAUGCAAUGAAGUUAUGCAAGGCUGAUGUUUCAACCAUUUGUCUGGGACUCGCUGCAUCCAUGGGAGCAUUUCUUCUAGCCUCUGGUUCAAAGGGAAAGCGAUUCUGCAUGCCCAAUGGAAGAGUGAUGAUCCAUCAACCACUUGGAACAGCUGGAGGAAAAGCAACAGAGAUGAGCAUACGGAUACGAGAAAUGGCGUAUCACAAGAUUAAGCUAAACAAGAUUUUUUCUAGAAUCACUGGAAAGCCAUUAGAGCAGAUUGAAUUGGAUACAGAUCGUGAUAAUUUUAUGAAUCCUUGGGAAGCUAAGGAGUAUGGUUUGAUCGAUGAAGUUAUCGAUGACGGGAAGCCUGGACUUAUUGCUCCAAUUGCAGAGGCAACUCCUCCACCGAAAACUCGAGUCUGGGAUCUAUGGAAGGUUGAAGGGAGUCGAAAAGCCAAGAAGAAUUUGCCUUCAGAAAGCAAGAUUUUGAAGAAUGGAUAUCAAGGGGGUGAAGGAAGUGACGAAGAGCGUGGUAGCCAGCAGGAAACAGAAGAACCAAGUCCUGUAUGACGCAGGACUCACCCUGUUCCUCUUCUUCCUCCAUUCCUCUGCCUCUAUUGUUGUAUCCUAGCUUGUUCUUUCCAUUCUAAAAUAGUUGUUUCUCUGUAAGAUCUUAAGGCGAUUAUUACCAAUUUGUUAAACACGCCUAGGUUAUGGAAAAUUCAAGGGUCAUAACAUUCCCUUUCUCUCCCCUUUUCUAGAUGCUAAAAUAUUGCUCGAGUCUGAUAUUGAAUUUGUCUCGAAA